AUGAUUUAUUUUGGCAAAAAAAAGGCAGGUUUCCGUGUAUUCGCACUCUGCCUCCGGUCCGAGGGCGCCGGAAUUCAGAAGCUUCAAGAUGAACACUCGAAGCGCCUUCACGUGAUUCAGGCCGACGUCACGAAGCAGGACCAGCUCGACCGUGCAUUGAAGGAGGUCAAGUCGCUGCUUCCGGUGGGAGAGGUGAUAUGGGGUCUUGUGAACAACGCCGGCGUGUGCACCCUCGGGCCAGUCGAGUGGCUCAGCAACGAACAAUUCCGGAAGGACCCGGAGGUUAACCUCUUUGGGGUCAUAGCAGCCACCAAGACCUUCCUGCCCCUGGUGCGUCGCGCUAGAGGUCGAAUCGUGAACGUGGCGAGCGUGGCAGGAAGAAUCUGUGCCCCGCUCAUGUCAGCUUACAACGCAUCGAAAUAUGCCGUGGAAGGCUUCAAUGAUGCGCUCAGGUGAGGUGUUGCUCAGAUAAAGGUGGAAAUCAGGUGAAAUUCA